GUUUCCCUCCAGCCCCGAGCGGGGAGCAGCUCUCAGUACUGAGUGAGGCACUGAGCACUUGAGCUAUUUCCGCCACAUGCAAAGCAUCGGAAUUGAGAUCACGGCUCAGAGGACAUCGGGCGUCCGUUCCACCUUCUGAGGAGCCCUGUAUUCUCGCAUCUGGCUGCCGGGACUUUCCUCAGGCAGUAAACAAAUACAUAGAGCAGGGAUAAGACCCCGCGAAUAUGUCGAAACAGCCGGUUUCCAAUGUCAGAGCCAUCCAGGCAAAUAUCAACAUCCCAAUGGGAGCCUUUCGGCCGGGAGCUGGGCAACCUCCCAGAAGAAAAGAGUGUACUCCGGAAACAGAGGAGGGUGUUCCUCCUACCUCGGAUGAGGAGAAGAAGCCAAUGCCUGGAGCGAAGAAACUUCCGGGACCUGUGGUCAAUCUUUCAGAGAUCCAGAAUAUCAAAAGUGAACUGAAGUAUGUUCCCAAAGCUGAGCAGUAGUUGGAAGAAAGAAGGCUUGAUGUGAAGAACUGAAGAGAAAGAAUGGUUUCAAAUGAAAAAAGCUCAUGAAAACAUUUUAUAUAUUUGUAUGAAGAUUAUGAGCCUCCUGAACGCCUGAGACUCCGACAGAAAUGUCUUGUUUGUACAUUUAUAUCUCUGCCUUCUAGUUGGCUGCACUAUUUACUAUAAUUUAUCUUCAUGUUUGGCACCUUGCAAAGUAAAUCAGCUCAAGAAUUCACCAACUGGAGGGUGUGCUUUUGAGGAGGAACAGGAUUUUACAGAGAGGGAUAAGGCAAUAUGCAUAACAAUGAUUUUGAUAGAAAGUUCUCUAUACCGUAUUUUGACCAAUAUUUGGAAUGUAUUUUAGUUCUUCACAUCCUAAAUCAUAUCAAUAAACUUUUUAUGAGUUCAAA